UGCUACAAUGGAUUUCAUCGAUCUCCUACCUGGAAAAUCCAAUUUUAGCCUCCGACUAAUUGCAUUUCUGCAGUGAAGCAAAGUAGUAGCAUGAUGCCAUGGAUUUUCCUCUAAGCAAAAAAUGAAUCCAAAAAUUCAGAAGUCAUUGAUGAAAAUCUGCUUCACCUGAGACUGUGAUAUGGUUAGUGUUUUUAAAAGUAAAUUUAACUGUCUUUCAACAGUUUUGUUAUUUUUUCAAAAUGUCUUUUAUUAUAGACCUCUCUCUUGCCAGGUGUGAAUGCCCUCCUCUUUAAUGUUGUUACUAAAAAUACUGGGUAGAAACACCCAGUAUGUCAACUGCCCUUCCACACCCUUUUAGCUAGUUUUCCUUCCUCCUUACUGUUAGUUAACCCUGGCAAUGUUAGAAGCAACGCUGGGACACUGCUCACACACGUCUGUCACAGAGAUAUUGCUGGAUACAGAUUAGUCAAGCUAAGCAAUGCCUUUGUGGUGGCCUUUGGUGAAUUCAUGAUGAUACACUCCAGGUUUGCCUCUCUAGUCACCACCUUCUGGCCAAUCUACCCUGCCAACACUCUGGUGGUCACUGGUACCAUCGCCACCUGUGUGUGCUACUUGGGAGUGGUUGGAGGCAUGAGGGAGAGCCGCUGCAUGCUCAUAAGUUUUUAUGUCCUGCUGUCCUUCCUAAUAUCUGUGGAGCUGGCCAUGGCCUGUGUGUUUUUUGUCUACAACAGAGAGAUUGGCACCUACUUUGAGAAAGACCUGAUGUACAGCUUGGAGAUCUACAAGCUAUCAGGUCCAGGAGAAAAUCAGACACUGAAAGAUGACUUUGAUGCCGUCCAGUAUCUGUUUAAGUGCUGUGGAGUCCACGGUGUGGCUGACUGGGGGGGACACGUCCCAAUAUCCUGUUGUACUCUGGACCCUUGUAACAUCGCUGAUCAGCCCAACUGGCAAGAGGGUUGUGUUGGGAAACUGCAGGACUGGUUUGCCAGAAACUACCUAAGCACAGCGGCAGGAGUGGUCUCCAUGUUUAUCUUACAGUUUCUUUGCAUGUCUAUCACCCUCCCUCUCUUUUGCUGCUUUGCUGUACAUGGACAGGGUUACUGAAAAAGGUCCAGAGGAACUGUACCUGCAAUUCACAGAUACUUUCCACAUGUCAAGAUGAUGCUUUUCCCUAUUUCAGCUUUUUAUUAAUCUGUUCUGAACACCGAAAAGCCUGCUGUUAUUUCCAUCUGUCAAAAAGGGAGCCAGUUGAUUAUCCCCAUUAAGGAUGUCAUAUGAGGUGACAGAUCAUUAAAUGUGAUACGGAGACAUGUAAUUGGAUAAAAAGUGAUGACAUGAUUAUGUUAGCACUAUUCUAACCCUGUAGGAUGUUAGAAUAGUGCUAAGAUAUUUUCUCCCAGUGAGUGCUGGGUGUUCACCACUGUAUGUUAGACUUGAUCUGUAUCUGUAACCUGGUGUGCUGUGGUAAUAAAGAAAUCACAGUUGUCUCAGUUUUAA